GAACAUUUCAGCUUGCAGUCUCUCCAUGGCAAAGCGCGGCUCCAGGCUCCUUGCAUUGGCUUUGCCCAUUCUGGUUGGCAGGGCUUUUAUUGCCCAGGUUGAGAUACCGCGAACGACCCCAAGCGGCCACAAGCACCCAAGCAAAACCACAAGGUGGGCAUCAAUCAACCUUCAGGAGUGCGCAGAGAAUUUCGACCCAUUCGCCACCACGUUGGGGAUAUCACUGAAAGACAUUGGGCAGGGAAUUCUGGAGGCAAACAAGAACCGUCGCGUAAUUUCAAAGCAGACAUCUUUGGUGGACGUCAACUAUGCCCAAGCACACGCACAACGCCUUGCAAAGAUCCUGGUGGAGAACGCCAAGCAAACACGGGAAGCUCGGAACAUUUUCUUGCCUUACAUCUCGUUGCCACUUAUGGCAAUAGUUUCAGCAAGUGGUGAGCAAUGUGUUAUCCACACGACCUUGACCGGAGUCACUUCGAUUCAUGCUGAACCUGGCGUGGGCAAGUCCGUUGCUGUAGCUUUGGCCAUGCUGGGAUGGGCUAAAGACAACCCAAGGUGCAUUUCUGUCUUGGUCAGGCAGGAUUUGGCGCGUCUCAAAGAUUUCUUCAAUGUGAAAGAUAUAAGCUUUGUGGCACCUGUUGCAGAAAACAUUUUUCCGAUCUUGUCUGACGCCGGAGUUCGCUUGCAGUUGAUUUUGGACGACAUCUUUGACACGGAACUGGGUGAAGAUGGGAGGAUGUUGAUGAACCUCGCCCGUGCUGCGCACAGAUACGAGCAGGUCAUCGUAGUUACUCAAUCUGAGAAAAUUGCGAAUGAAGUAGCCCAUCUCAAUGGAGCGCGCACACGACUAGCCCCGCAGCAGGAGAAUGUGAGCGUGAGAGAGUACAGAUGGAAUGAGGUGCAGGCACGCCAACUCCUGUUGAAUCUGAAUGCAACAGAGAAGGUGAAGAACUCCAGCAAGCCCCGCAAAGCGAGAUGGUGGGGAUGGUGGCGGGAAUUGCUGCGUGGCUUCAAGAAACAGACAACAGAGGUAGAGUCCCAGGUUGAGAAAGCAUUGCAGGAAGCCAAAACCCAGUUUGAAGGGGAUGAGCCCCUGAUCUGGAAGACUUUGGAAAGUGCAAGUGUGCCUGAUGGCGGCUGGAAACCAACGGACAUCAUAGAGUUCCUGAUUUCAGGCAGGAAGCCGGUCACAGCCAUUGCAGGCAGUGCCGCCUCGCAACCAUCCGCUGCGGUGUGGGUCUGUCAGCUGGGAAGCCCUGACGCCAAGCCUGAGACCGUUGGCAGCGCGUUUCCAAGAUGUAAAUGACUUGAAGAAGGCAAUCAAAGCGGAAGAGGAGUUGACCAUUGCUGCGUCCAAGAUCGACAUUUACAGCAAAAAGGACGGCGGCUGGCUCAAAGAAGAUGAAGAAUCAACCGUGGCAAAUCCAAGCCCAGCACUUGGUUCCGAUGCCUUUCAAUUUGGAGGGCUAUUUAUUUUAGGAUUUUUUUGCCCAGUUUUGGGCUUUUUUUUUUGGAUCCGCUGUGUGGCUUUUGGCUUUUUUGCGUUUUGGCUUCUUGGCUUCUUGGCUUCCUGGCCUCUUGGCUUCUUGGCUUUUCGGCUUCUGGCUUCUCCGGGUUCUUGGCUUCUGGCUUCUCUGGCUUUUUGGCUUUUCGCUU